CUUUUCGAAUGUUAUUUCCAUUUCUACUGAUCGGAUUUACUUGUUCCGAUUCCCUUUAGGGGUGGGACGCCUGGAACGAAGCCGGGGCCACGCAACGGGGUCAGGCGCUGUCAUCCGACUCGGAGGGGCGGUUGAUGACCCGGAAGAGACUCUUCAUCCCGGAAGUCCGCCGUUCCCUGUCAGCGGGGACUGGGGGGAUGGCUGUCGACCCUCGACGGGAGCAGCUCCAGCCGUUCCGCCCCGGCCGCUGAGCUGAAGCGGCCGCUGACUGACAGAGGGACGGUCGCCGGUCCCCCCAGGGAAGAAGCCGCAGCCGAGCAUGGCGGAGUUGGCGGCUGGGGAGGGGCCGCCCCGAGGACGCACGCCCAGCCCGCUCCCGGUCCCGGGGCCGCCGCGCCCUCGUCCAGCCGCGGCUCCCGCCUGCCCCGCGCGCAGCCCGGAGCCUCCGGCGCCCGAGAAAGCUGUGGCGGGGAGCGGCAGUGGUGGGGGCUCCAAGUGGGUCCGGCUCAACGUGGGCGGCACGUACUUCGUGAGCACGCGCCAGACCCUCUGCCGCGAGCCCAAGUCGUUCCUCUGCCGCCUCUGCUGCCAAGAGGGGCCUGAACUGGGCUCGGACAAGGAUGAAACGGGAGCAUAUCUCAUUGAUAGGGAUCCCACAUAUUUUGGUCCAAUCCUGAACUACCUCCGGCAUGGAAAACUCAUAAUAAACAAGGAAUUGGCAGAAGAAGGUGUCCUGGAAGAAGCUGAAUUUUACAACAUUGCAUCUCUAGUGAGGCUGGUGAAAGAGCGAAUACGAGACAAUGAAAGCAGAACUUCUCAAGGACCUGUCAAGCAUGUUUACCGAGUUCUGCAGUGCCAAGAAGAAGAGCUCACUCAGAUGGUGUCUACUAUGUCUGAUGGAUGGAAAUUUGAACAGUUAAUUAGUAUUGGAUCUUCGUACAACUAUGGAAAUGAAGAUCAGGCAGAAUUUCUCUGUGUUGUAUCGAGAGAGCUCAAUAACUCUACCAAUGGCAUUGUCAUAGAGCCUAGUGAGAAAGCAAAGAUUCUUCAGGAACGAGGAUCACGGAUGUAAUCCGAGCAUUUAACUUUAAAACUCCCAGAUGUUAAAAGGGCAAUUUAGCUGGGCAAAGUAUUUCUCCUGCAGUCCAACCUUGCUUUUGUACAGUAAUAAAACUAACACAAAGCAAAGCUGAGCCUGUCCUGCCAGUGGAGAAUUAAAUCCUGGUAAAAACCAAAGGCUCAUCCCAUCCCAGACACAGAAAGCUAAGAGAAAAGAAGAGAAUCUUCCAGCUGGAUAGCACCUUUGCUCUGCUCUUUUUUUUCCCUGCUGUCUUGGCA